UUCUUUAAUCCUCUACCACCUUGUGGCUGCAAAAACCUCCUCAUAAUGAUCUACAUUCCAGUACCACUUAUGACAGACAUAGUCCGUCGUAUUGGGAGUGAGGGAUUCCGCAACCUAGGUCCUUUCAUUGCAGCUGGGCCUUUCUUUAAACAAAUUGUCUUUUCCCGUGAAGUCCUAAUCGACGUGGAUCUUGAUGAGUUCAUGUUCAACACUAGACUCGGUAGAGAACAAUCUAUCUAUCGAUCCUUCCUUUUAAGAUGCGUAGGUGAAGGUCAUGAGAUAGCAAGAUAUAUCGAAUCUCUACGCCGUUUGACUCAAGAUGGACCGUCCGUGGAAGCACUAGAGAUGCUUGAAGAAUUUGCUUAUUCUUCCAUCUACGCUAUAUUUGCAUUUGCGGUCAUGCUCCUUUGUUGUGGUUCCUAUGACCAAGGUAUGGUCAUAACCCAAACUUUCUUUAGUAAGGUUGAAACUUUGGAAGAAGCGUUAAACAUUGCCGGUGUAGUAGAAAGCCAGGUUCGUAAUAUCGGUCCUGGCGGUCGCAAUGUGUUUUCAGGGAUUUUCCAUUUCAAAGAGUAUCCAAUAUGCUACUUUGCACACAACUACCCGAGUACAUGCAUUUGUCAGAAUUGUUUUGUGUUUAAUUACGCUACCACUUUCCAUGAAAUGUGUUAAGAAGACUCUAUCUUCUUCCAUUGUUGUUGUUCUGUUUCUGUCUACAAACUCUAUCAGGUCAUGUAACACAACUAUUACUUGUUUGUUCCUCUGUUGGUAUGGUUGCUAUCUAUAUCUAAGAUUUUUCCAGAACUAGAUUCAAGUCUUGGUAUCUCGCUGUGACAGAACUAGAU